CUGUAAACUUACCUAAGAGUAGACCAAAUUUCUGAAAAGAGAAGAAGAUGUUAUAUGAAUAAUCUUUCCCUUUCAGAUGGCUUUUUAAAAGGUUAAAAGCAAACAUACUUAUCAAGUAUACUGAAUACAAGAGAACAGCUGCAGAAUGUAAGUGCUUCUGUUCAUCUUUCUAUAGCUUUGAAACUGAAAACUCAGAAGAAGAACUGGAGACCGGCUCUGAACAGGGUAAUUCUGCAGUGGUAAUUUGUUAAGAAGGAGAAACUUUGGGGGAGAUAAAGCAUGGCAGGGGCAAAAAGGAGAAAGAAAAGUGCCAUGUGGAGGAAGAUCCAUGCUCUUCGCUGUGAAGAUAUCAAACUGUGGUGUGUAAGAAGGCUGCCUAUUUUGAAGUGGGCACCUAGCUACAAUUUGAAGGAAAACUUGAUUCCUGAUACAGUCUCUGGGAUGAUGCUUGCAAUUCAACAGGUACCUCAAGGGCUGGCCUUUGCUGUUCUGUCUUCAGUUCAUCCAGUGUUUGGUUUAUAUGGCUCUCUCUUUCCUGUCAUCAUUUAUGCUGUGUUUGGAAUGGGACGCCAUGUUGCAACAGGAACUUUUGCUUUAACUUCCUUGAUAUCUGCCAAUGCAGUUGAACGUCUUGUUUCUUCAGCAAGCAACAAUUUCACUACAAGCAAUAAUUCGGGAGUCUUAGGUUUAUCGGAGUUUGAAAUGCAGAGGAUUGGAGUUGCUGCAGCGGUUUCAUUUUUAGGAGGAAUUAUUCAGGUAGCAAUGUUUGUGCUGCACUUGGGCAGCGCCACGUUCUUGUUGACGGAACCGGUGAUAAGCGCAAUGACAACAGGAGCAGCUACGCAUGUUGUGACUUCACAAGUCAAGUAUCUCCUGGGAAUGAAAAUGCCCUAUAUAUCUGGGCCGCUGGGAUUCUUUUAUAUUUAUGCCUACAUAUUUGAAAACAUCAAAUCAGUUCAAUUAGAAGCUUUACUUCUGUCCUUGGUAAGCCUGGUGGUGCUCGUUCUUGUUAAAGAACUGAAUGAAAAAUUUAAAAGAAAAAUUAAAGUAGUUCUUCCCAUCGAUUUCAUUCUGAUCAUUGCUACAUCCAUUGGCUGCUACUGUGCUGAUCUGGAGUACACCUAUGGCCUAGAAGUUGUGGGACAUAUUCCCGAAGGGAUACCAGCACCAAAAGCCCCAUCCCUGAACAUCCUCUCUGAAGUAGUUACUGAAGCUUUUGGAGUAGCGUUAGUUGGUUAUGUAGCAUCACUAGCCCUGGCUCAAGGCUCUGCUAAACAGUUCAAAUACUCUGUGGAUGAUAACCAGGAACUUUUGGCUCAUGGCCUCAGCAAUGUGAUUCCUUCGUUUUUCUUCUGCAUACCAAGCGCUGCAGCGAUGGGACGUACUGCACUUUUAUAUAGCACGGGAGCAAAAACACAGGUGGCUUGCCUUAUAUCUUGUAUUUUGAUACUUGUGGUGAUCUAUGCAAUAGGACCAAUGCUAUAUUGGCUGCCCAUGUGUGUUCUAGCAAGUAUCAUUGUUGUGGGUCUAAAGGGAAUGCUAAUGCAGUUCCGUGAUUUAAAAAAAUAUUGGAAUGUGGAUAAAAUAGACUGGAGCAUAUGGGUUAGUACCUAUGUAUUUACAGUAUGCUUUGCUGCUAACGUGGGACUAUUGUAUGGAGUUGUCUGCACUAUAGUUAUAGUGAUUUUCCGCUUCCAAAGAGCAAAGACACUGAGUCUGAAAAAUAUGAAAGAAGUGGAAUGUAAAUUCAAAACAGAAGCUGAUUGUGAAUCUUUACAACAGGUAAAGAUAGUUUCAGUGAACAACCCACUGGUAUUUUUGAAUGCCAAGAAGUUCCAUCAUGACCUAAUAAGGAUAAUCCAGAAGGAUGGUGCAAGCACCCAGCCACACGAUGAUCUAAACAAGUGUGAACAGAACACGUUGCUCAAUCCAGUAUCCAAUGGAAACUGCCUUGGUGAGCUGUCAUUACAGCCAUGCCCCAACGAGAGAUGUGCUUUAAUAUUAGACUGCAGUGGACUGACUUUCUUUGACUAUACCGGAGUCUCUGUGCUUCUUCAGAUUUACAUGGAUUUUAAAAACAGAAGUAUCGACGUGUUACUAGCACAUUGUAAAGCGUCCUUGGUAAAAGCAAUGCAGUACAGUGGAAAUCUAGGAUCAGAAAAUCCUAUCUUCUUUGAAUCUGUUUCCUCUGCAAUUGGUGCCAUUCAUUUAAACAGGAAUUUCAGCAAACUCAGUGAUCACAGUGAAGUGUGAAGUCUACAUGACGCAGGGUGGCUGUUUUGAUCUGCUAACAUACAGAAUGAACUACACCAUUGCUUUUCCUUACAUCUUUUUUCAUGAGAUCAUGUAGGUAGUAUUUUGUAUGCCAAAUAUGUUUAAUAGACAUCAAUGCUGCCAAAGAGUUCUCUUCAGAUACUGCUGCUGAGAGAGUGUUCAUACAAUGGGUUCUAUUGUGGAUAUUUAUAGUAUUUUUGUACACAUUUAGAUACAAAAUAUUAGAAAGCAGACAUGGGAUAUCAAGCUUUUAUUACAGUGAUUUAUAUUGUUUUAGCUCAUUCUAUAGUAACUUAAUUUGUAGCACACAAUUAUAGUUUUGUGUAUGGAAGAGUAAGACAUUAUGAACUUUUGCAAAUAAUCUGUAGUCACUGGUGCGGUAUAUG